AUGAGUGUGGUCGGUUUCGAUUUUGGAAAUGAGAGCUGUGUAGUUGCUGUCGCAAGACAAAGAGGAAUUGAUGUCGUGCUUAAUGAUGAAUCCAAACGUGAAACCCCCGCUCUCGUGUGCUUUGGCGACAAGCAGCGGUUUCUUGGAACUGCUGGAGCUGCUUCGAGCAUGAUGAACCCGAAGAACACAAUAUCGCAGAUUAAGCGGCUGAUUGGGCGGCAAUUUUCAGAUCCCGAACUGCAGCGUGAUCUCAAGCUGCUUCCCUUCUCGGUGGCUGAAGGGCCUGAUGGAUAUCCCUUGAUCCAUGCUCAGUAUCUGGGGGAAAUCAAGACGUUUACGCCAACUCAGCUUCUUGGAAUGGUGCUUUCCAAUCUGAAGACCAUUGCCGAAAAGAAUUUAAAUGCAGCGGUUGUCGAUUGCUGUAUCGGGAUACCUGUUUAUUUCACUGAUCUUCAAAGAAGGGCUGUAAUAGAUGCGGCAACGAUCGCUGGCUUGCACCCUCUUCAUCUCAUUCAUGAGACGACGGCUACUGCUUUAGCUUAUGGUAUCUAUAAAACUGAUUUACCUGAAAGCGAAGCAACAAAUGUUGCGUUUGUCGACGUGGGGCAUGCCAGCAUGCAGGUGUGUAUUGCUGCCUUCAAGAAAGGUCAGCUGAAGAUAUUGGCACAUUCAUUUGACCGGUCCUUGGGCGGAAGGGAUUUUGACGAGGUCCUUUUCAAGCAUUUUGCUGUGAAAUUCAAAGAGGAAUAUAAGAUUGACGUGUAUCAGAAUGCUAGGGCAUGCCUGAGGCUGCGGGCCGCGUGUGAGAAACUGAAGAAGGUUCUCAGUGCAAAUCCAGAAGCGCCCUUGAACAUAGAGUGCUUGAUGGACGAGAAGGAUGUCCGUGGUUUUAUCAAGAGAGAUGAGUUUGAGCAGAUUAGCAUUCCCAUCUUGGAACGUGUGAAGGGGCCGUUGGAGAAGGCUCUUGCUGAGGCCGGUUUGACUACUGAGCACAUACAUUCGGUUGAAGUUGUUGGUUCGGGUUCUAGGGUUCCUGCUAUUAUCAAGAUACUGACCGAGUUCUUUGAGGAGGUAGAGGUUCCAGUCGUAAAAGAGCCGGCGAAGGAGGGUACAAAGAUGGAAACAGAUGAGCCUCCUUCUGCUCCUCCUAACGCUGCUGAAACCGAUGUUAAUAUGCAAGAUACUAAAACGGAUGGUGCUGGAGACAAUAAUGGUGUGCCUGACUCUGGAAACAAAUCAGCUCAGAUGGACACAGAUAAAAAGGUUGAAGCUCCAAAGAAAAAGGUUAAGAAAACCAAUGUACCUGUCUCGGAGAUUAUAUAUGGUGGGUUGUCAGCUGCCGAUGUGCAAAAAGCUGUAGAGAAGGAGUUUGAAAUGGCUUUGCAGGAUCGGAUUAUGGAGGAGACCAAGGACAAGAAGAAUGCGGUUGAGGCUUAUGUUUAUGACAUGCGGAACAAGCUUCAUGACAAGUAUCAUGAGUUUGUAACCGAAUUGGAUAGAGAGCAAGUUAUUGCCAGACUGCAGGAGGUGGAAGAUUGGUUGUACGAGGAUGGUGAAGAUGAAACAAAAGGGGUCUAUAUUGCUAAGCUGGAUGAGCUCAAAAAGCUAGGUGACCCUAUAGAAGAGAGGCACAAGGAGCAUACUGAGAGAGGAGCAGUCAUUGACCAACUCACCUAUUGCAUCAACAGUUACAGAGAAGCUGCUGCAUCGAGUGAUCCCAAGUUCGAUCACAUUGAUCUUGCAGAGAAGCAGAAGGUCCUGAACGAAUGUGUGGAAGCUGAAGCUUGGCUGAGGGAGAAAAAGCAGCACCAGGAUACCCUCCCCAACUAUGCCACACCGGUUCUUUUGUCUGCCGACAUUAGGAAAAGAGCCGAAGCUCUCGACAGGUUUUGCAGGCCAAUCAUGACGAAACCAAAGCCCACGAAGCCAGCCACUCCCGAGCCACCAGCCCAAAGUGGAGAGGCUCAUUCGCAAGGGACAGAAAAUGCCAGCCCGGCCCGGAGUGCCAGCCCAGAAGACAAUGCUGCAGGAUCUGAAAACCAAGCACCACCAGCUGAGGCAGAGCCCAUGGAGACAGACAAACCGCAGACAACACAGACUUAG